AGGUUGUAAAAAAGGUGGUAGGGAAAGAAAAAGGUGACAUAUUGACAUGCAUUGUUCUCUCUUUCUUCUACCCUAUACUAUCUUUGGUCCAUCGUAAUGAUAUAGUUCCAUGGUUAGGGAGGUUGUGGUGGUUUCUCUGACAGACUGUUUUUCCUUCCUUAUCAUCUCACCUGUGGUGGGACUCUCUGUCCUUUUCUUUUUCUCUCUGGAAGGUUACUUUCUUUAUAUUAAUUUUCUUUCAACAAAUUAACUAACGCGUAUAUUAGUUUUCUCAUUUUGAAACGCUACCUUCUCAACACAUCAAAAUAACAUCAUCAACUCUUUGCUUCUUCCAUUUCAAUCCUUGCACCUCUCUUUCUUUUCUUCAAGAAUCAAACAAGGGAUCUUUGAAAUUGUUGCUUGAUCUUGAUAAUUGAUGGCAGAGGAAAUUACUGUUAACCAAGUGGAGUCUGAGAUAAUUGAGCUUGAAGAAGUUGAUGAGAAAGAAAAUCCUAUUGAGUUUGAGGGAUUAAUUAUCACAAAAGGUCCACCUAAGAUUCUUUCGCGUUAUCGUCGUGAUCGUAGGAGUUCCUGCCAUGAUUUGUGCAAAUACGGUAUCCCGCAUGCCACUGAAGAAAAACCAUGGAAAACAGCAAAGAAAAGGAGGGAGAGGAAAACCAAUGUAUCAGGAGAAAUUUUAACUUCAUUGGAAGGAACAAAGAAAUCAGGAAGAAGUUCAGAUCAUUCUCUAACUUCAAAAGUUGGAGAACCUGAAUAUACUGUUGACAUCAAGGAAGUGAUAACAAGCGAAAAAACAGCCACUUCAGAGAAAAAUUCACCGCCUUUUGAAGAAACUGAUGUCUCCAUGGAACAUGAUAACAGUGACAUAGUUCAACCAAGUUCAGAGACAUCUUCUCACCAUGUGAAGCAACGUUCCAAAAGUCAAACAAAAUGGGAAUUAGUCAAAAACAAAUGUGCUUUUGGUUCAAGCAGCAUUAAAGAAACUGCAAUCAGAAGCAAACAGAAAGGAACAUUUUCUAGUGGAGGCAAGGAUAAAUCAUCAGCAUCAAAUUUUCUCUCGUCUACAAAACAAAAUGUCAAGAAACCUUCAAGCUCAAGUGAUACUUCCAAAAACUUGAGAAGAGUGUCUUCUCAGAAAAAUCAUGAGAAUGGUGAAGAACUGAAACCUGAACUAGCCAACAAUGACAAUUUACCAGACAAAAUUUUGCAUGUCAUUGAACCUAACUCGGAAAAUUUAUCUGAUGAACCUACUCUGGCUUGUGAUGCAACUAAGUCACUUUCACCUUUACCUUCAGCUUCACAUUCAUCAUCAGGAGACAAAAGCUUGAAGAGAACUACUAAUAAAACCGGCAAUUCUGGGGUUUCUGCAUCUUCAAGGAAGGGCCUUAGACAUGUUGGACAAGGAACUGUAUCUGGGACACUCUCUCAUCAAUCCUCAGGGAACAAAUUCAAGACAAACAUACAGCAUAAAACACGUAGUGCUUCGCGAUCAUCACCAUCACAGUUAUCAACCGUUUCCUCGUCUAACUCUUCUUCACUCAGAAAACAAAAUGGUACUACAUAUAAGCCCAACAAAACAGGACACGGUAAUCAGGGUGAAAAUGUGAAGGUAGGGUACAAAAUAAGGCCAAAGAUGACUACAAUAGUUGGGGCAGCAAAUAAUGUUAUUCCAACUAGGAAGUUAACUUUUAGGAGAGGAAAGGUGAUUGAAAUUCAGCCUCAAAGCAACAACAUUCCAAGGAGGCUCAAAUUCAGGUCAGCACGCCUGCUCGGGGAUGACAUCAGAAGAGAUGUAAAUGGCACAAGAAAAAGGACCGUUGCCGAUAAAGAAGUUGAUGGUGGUGAGUUACAUUCUGCAAAUAUCAAAACUGAGAAAGUUGAUCUCAAACAGCAGACUGUGGAAAGAAGUAAAAACGGAAAUUUUGGGAGAAGGAUUGGUGGUGUAGAUAGAAGCCGAAUAUAUGGUUCAAAAUCAGGAUCCGACAAAGUUGUUUUGAGGCAUCAAAAUGUGGAAUGGAAGAAGAAACAAAAUUCAGGUUUGUAUAAUAAUGUCAUUGAAGAGACUGCAAGCAAACUUACCGAACUGAGGAAGAGCAAGGUCAAGGCUCUAGUUGGUGCAUUUGAAACUGUAAUAUCUCUUGAUUCACCUAGAGAGGGCGCCGCACAUGCAGAAGUGAGCACAGUUUGUUGAGUGUUACUGACUACUGUCAAUCCUAUACUAUACAUCUGUGUUAUUGUACAUAUUGAUAAUUGUGAUGGGACAAGAAGGAAUAACUGAAAUUGUUCUGAAAGUGUUUUUGGUUCUAAACUUCAACCUUUUUGAAACUGCAUCUGUUUGUGGCUUUGAUUUAAGCUUGGAUUGUUAAUGUUGUUUCAUGUGUGUUUUACCUGUUUCCUUUUGUGCCCUUGAGAUUUGAUGAAUGAGAAGAUUUCACUGGAAUGUAUUAGUCUUUACUGAUAUA